CCUUAUGUGAGGACGACUUGUCCACAUCUCUAUCACCACUACAGUGUCUUAUGCUUCAUUCAUUGGGAUAAAAUUGAGGCGAGUACAAGAUCUGGGAUUAGACUUGCGACUUGAGAUUUUAAGUCUUGACAUAUACAAAGUAAUCACAAGUGUAAAAUCUUAAUAGUCGAAGGAGGCGUUUGUUUGGCAAUAGAAAGUUAAAAACAUCAGAGCCCCUUUAAGUAACCCUUUGUGUUCCGCUUUACAAGUCGACCAUACUACUAGCGCUGUCCUCUUCCAGGUUCCAUCCUCGAACCAAAUUCUAGAGAAUGGGAGUGAGCAGACUGAGGGAGUUUAUCACCAAAAACAAGGAAGUAUUCAAUCAAGCAUCCUUUGUGGCCCAAUUAAUCUGCAUCCUCCAUCUCAACAAGACCCACAUCAGCACUGUCGUUCUCUCCCAUGGCCCCAGCAUGCUUCCGACCCUGAACAUCACCCCUGACCUUCUCCUGGCAGAGCGGCUCUCACCCCGGCUCGGCAAGGUGGGAACUGGAGACAUUGUUAUUGUACGGUCGCCUGUGGCUCCCAGGAAGGUUGUGACAAAACGUGUGAUUGGUGUGGAGGGUGACAGUGUGACCUAUGUGGUAGACCCUAAUACCAGCGAUAGAUGCGAGACCAUUGUGGUUCCGAAGGGGCAUAUCUGGGUACAGGGAGAUAACAUCUAUGCUUCCACUGAUUCCAGGCGUUUUGGUCCAGUUCCUUAUGGCCUUCUUGAAGGCAGAGUCUUUUUUAGGAUAUGGCCACCUAAAGACUUUGGACCUUUGGAGAGAAAGUUACACAAGUGAUUCAAUCUUGAAUGUUGUAUUUUGCAGAUAAAUUGCACCUAUUCACUGUCGAAUUGUAAUGCCGUCAAUCUGAACUCAUUUGAAGGACAACCCUCUUGCGAGAUGCUGGCUUGCAGAUCAAUAAACCAGUCAUAAGUUUUUAUUCGUUUUAUACAAGUUGGUUUUUGUAACAACUGAUAGUUUGAGUAGUAACUUGUGUUGGUUUCUCAUUUCUGUGGCAAGAGAAGUAAAUCUCGUAUACUGGAAUUCUGCUCUGAAUGUCACAGCAACUGUGUUACUAGCCUUUACCAGACUUUAGUGAGACCAUUUCUUGUGUAGACAAAAGGUUUCUAUUGAUCCGGCAGUGUUCUCCUCGGAUGAUAUA